GGCUCCGGCUGGAUCAGUCUCAUGGUGAAUGUGGAUGUGCCGUGGUGAUCUCCAGUUUGCACCAUGAGACGGCUGUUGAUUCUAGCAGCCCUGUUGCAGGUGCUGCUCGCACAGAGCUCUAAUGAGACCUACCAGUGUCAGGUGGACAAGGACGAUCAGGCCCUCGAGGAAGCGGUGCAGUUCAUCAAUGACCUACAUCACCAUGGAUACAAAUUCAAACUGGUCAAGAAGGAGAGCCGUAAACCGGAAAACGAGGGUAAAAGCUGUGACGUACUGAUGGCAGUGACCUUGGAGGAGACCAAGUGCCACGUUGUGAACCCCAAACCUUUGGAUGAAUGUGAAAUCAGGCCAUUUCAUGAGACAAAAGUAACGGCGAAAUGCAACGUGACCGUAUGCGGGGGUGGACCUAAAACAGGCAUCAAACAAUUCACCUGCGACACAGAACCAGUUUCAAACGUAGAGGUGGCUAAAAUCUGCCCCGAUUGCCCCGCUCUUCUGCCCCUGCAUGACAGCAGAGGCCUGGAGAGUGUGAAAGCUGCUGUCGAGAAAUUCAACAAGGACUCCGACUUCACAAAGUACUUUAAGUUACUGGAAGUAGGCAGACUGACCACACAGCAUAACAUGAUGUUCGGACAGACCUACUUUGCUGAAUUUGCCCUAGUGGAAACUGAGUGUUCAGACCAGACGAAACCAGAGGAAAAACCUGCAUGCAAGCCCAAGUGUUCACAAGAGACUCGUCAUGGAUUCUGCAAAUCAACCCAACUUGGAAAUGGAAGCUUGACUGUGACCUGUGAGAUUUAUGAAGCUCAGAAUUCAACACAAAUUGGCUUCAAACCGAAACGCUGCGGACAAAAGAGAGGUCACCACGGCCAUUCAGGUUCACACGAGCGAAUGGAACACGGUCCAGGCCAAGGUUCCCAUGAGCACAAGGAACACGGUAAACGUCCAGGUGAUCACACUCGUCCUGCUAGUCCAUCUGGCCCACCGCCCCAUCCACGAAAAGACUGUUUCAUCCGACCUCCUCCUUUUCACGGUGGUCCUCAUCACCGUGGUCCUCCUCCUCAUGGACGUCCUCCACAUCACGGAGGUCCUCCACCUCACGGUGGUCCUCCUCACGGUGGUCCUCCUCGCGGUGGUCCUCCUCGCGGUGGUCCUCCUCAUGGAGGUGGUCCUCCUCCUCACGCAGGCCACCCUCACCAACCGAAAGAUAAAGGCCCCAAGCCCACUCGAUCCCCUCACCAGCUGCUGCCCGCCGGCAAACCGACUCCUCCAGGAUCUAAGGAUGGUGCAGAGUUCCCCUUCCCACUCUGCCACGGUUUUGUGAAGAUUCCUCCCUCCGUUUAUCCUAUAUGCCCUUUCCCUAGCUUCGGUCCUGGAGGUCUAAUAUAAGCCUUGUUUUUUUAGGGAACUUUUAUACAGUAUGUUAAAAUGAGCAGGACCUGUCAAAAAAAAUUAUAAUGAAUAAUACAGUAUAUUUUACAUUUUCAUUUGCAGCAACUUCAUAUCAUAAACACAAUAAAACUCCAAAUCAAAAUCUUUGAUAAUAAUCAA